GCUUCUUACCUCUUCGUUCUAACCCAAAUCUAUCUACUCUCGCAAAGUCUUCAGGUCCAAUGCUUUGAGUUGUUCAGUUUGAUCCCUUUGUUGACCCUCGGAGGAUAUGGCUUCAGACUCCACGUCAGCGAGCGCCGAGGCCCGCGAGUUGAGUUUAAUAUCGAAGGUGGAACUGAGAAUUGCCCUGGCAGACACAGAUGCCAAGCUUGAUUCCCUGCUCAAUACAUAUCUGGCGCCUCUACUGCUGAAGCUUGGAUCAGAGAGUCUUGCGGUUCGCAAUAAAAUAAUCAGUGUGUGCCAGCAUAUUAACACUCGGAUUCAAGCACCGUCCAUUAAGCUCCCUGUCACGGCUUUAUUGAAGCAGUUUAAGGAACAGAAAUCCCAGCUCAUCAGGCACUUUGAUCUGGUAUACCUUCAGCAGGGUAUCGAUCGAUUAGGCCAUGACGCGAGAAUAGAAUUACUUCUUCCAUUGCUUCAGGGGAUCUCGGAGAUAGGCACAUCCCCGAACCAGGCAGCCAUUGUGUUCAACCUUGUCUUGCGACUAUUACCGCUGCUUAAGCUUCCCCCGAGAGAAAGUAAGGACGAUCUGCAGCUUAAGGAGCGGCUAGGCCUUUCUGACAAGGAUACUGCCUUUUUGUCUACCUGGUUCAAGAAGCUCCUUAUCCUUUCCCCUGCGGAUAAGAAUUCCACCACCUGCCCGGGACUAUCCCCUGCAGAUUACGCUUUCUUGAACAGGGAUGCACCUGUGGCUGAGGCAUGGGACCCGUCUUCAAGUGGGGGAUUGAACCUUACAGAGACCAAAGUCACCAGUUUGAGAUUCCUCUCAAGCGCAGCGUUCACGGAUUCUGAGCGUUUUUUGCCUGCUCUGAUCGCAUCGUCUGAUGCCAAUUCGCGACUCUCGGACUUGGGCGAGGAGAUUUUGAAAAGAUUCAUCCCAAAUCUUGAAGAUGCCAAUGUCGUCGACGAGCUGUAUACGCUGUAUUUCGGAACAGGGUCCUCUGAUGGUGCGCCCCCAGCGCGCACUUCUCUGCAGAUCAAGAUCUUAUCGGUCCUUGGAAAGUCGAUCCAGGCUACCAAGGAGCCUGGACGAGUACUUAGACUCAUAGAAGAGGGCCUCCUAUCCGACACCGCAAGGUCCUCGCAGGGGCUGCAAGCCUCGAAGUUGCGCACUCAAAUCUUUACCUUCACGACAUGGGUGGUUCGCAUGGGGUCGCCAUCCGUUCUCAAAAAGAUGGCGCCCAAGGUUAUCGCAGGAUUGAUGGAUUUCAUUCAGUCUCAGGGAUGGCCCAGCCCCGGAGCCUCUGGACAAAGGCUCCCUUCCACGGAUUUGAGUUUGCGAGGUCUCGCCUACGAAAGUAUCGGUAUCUUAGUUCCGAAGGUCGAUUUCCAAUUGAAGGAUGAGGAGGAUGCUUUCUCAGAUUUCGACCUUAUCAAAUGGCUUUUCACAUCCUUGAAUUGUGAUGAUUCGAGUCCUCAGAUGUUUGUCAGUAUUGAGCAAGCCUUAGGAAGCAUUUUGAAUUCCUCGGUGGAUACUCUGGAUCAAAGUCUCCAAGAAAAACUGCGUCCCUUUCUGGUUGGUCAAAUGAGCAAUAUCCAGGGGGCAGACGAUCCAAACACUGGUUACAGACUUGUUCGUGGUUCUCAUUACGCGACGGUGCGUUUUGCCAAUAGGUUCUUGCCUUACAGCGACGUUGUGGCUCGGUGGAUCGAUCUCAUGGCCGUUUCCCAAGGGUCAGACAAGCUACAAGAAAUUACGGAAGAAGGGAGGAAGGGUCUACACCCUUACUGGUAUCGGCUUUUGAACCCCAGUACGAAGAAACAGUCUUCUGCUCCCCAAUCAACCAGCUCAAGUGAUCGGUGGUCUGAUUUCCCGAGAUUCUCUGAUGCGGCCCGAUUUCUACUUGGUACUACGGACUCAAAUGGGGUGCCCGGGCUUUCUGCGACUCAGAUAUUGUCGGGACCCUACAACAAGUCGUUUACGCCGACGAUCGAAUUUUUGCGGAACAUCCUGCUUUCGGAGUCAUUCUCGGCUGCUAAUAUCAGCAUGAACAUAGAGCAAGACUGGGAUGUGAAGCUUGAUGUGCUCCUCACGUCCGAUGAACAAGCUCGGAGUGCGGUGAAACAAUACACUCGGGCUUCAGACAAAGAGGCCGUAUUGCUAUUCCUAGCGGGUGCCUUGUCAGGAUUCGCUGGACAGGGUAGAAAAAGCCUACGACACUGCGGGGAUUACUUUGUCAGUGUUGGCUCGUUGGCGUCGGACGACAUAGUUGGGGCUAUAGUUCCCCAAGUGCUGUCAUUGAGCAAACCGUUGAAUAGUAACGACCAGGCGGUUCAGGAUACCGCCGCUCGUGCGACGGGCAUCUUGGCCUCUCACCCUGCGUUUUCUGAGGAAGGUCUGAACGGACUCGUUGCUACUAUGUCAGGUCCUUUGGGAUCGUGGAGAUCCGCCAUUGGCGAAGAGGUGCUUAAGGUCCGGGGCUCUGUACUUGGACUGUCAUACUUGUUUAGCAGGCUUGCAUUCCGCAAGAUGACUGGUAAGCUAUCUGAGGCCAUGCUAAACGACUACCUCGGCGUGGUCUUUGACAUAAUCGAAACCUCACGCGACUCUCUUCUCCGGCGUUCAGCCCAAGUUGCGCUCGGACAGAUAAGUCUUUCUGGAAUUUUGUCAACCGAGCUACUAUCUGAAGAGAGAUGGGUGGCUAUCAAAGACAAAUUGGUAUCCGAUGCGAAGGCUGAAAACGAGGCAGCUAUCAAAACAAUAGGGCUUCUGACGUUGCCUUUUUCAAAGGAUGGACACGACAAUACAAGAUUCAGAGAACUGCUAGAUGCUCUUUAUGGUCUACAUGAAAUCCGCAGUCCUGAAGUUCACUUUUCCAUUGGCGAGGCGCUGAGCAGCUCUGCAGCCGGAUGGAACUCGAAAUCCUUGACCACAGACUUUGAUGUCGAUGAAGAGGUGCCCAGUUCCUCGGUUCCAUUAUCGGUUCUUGCAACUAUAUGUGACAGGAUCAUAGCGGACUGCAGUGCGCCCAAGCCCUCUCUGAGAAAAGCGUCUAGUAUAUGGCUCCUGUGUCUGGUCAAGAAUUGUGGUCACUUGCAAGAGAUACAAUCUCGCUUGCGCAAAUGCCAGAGCAGGUUCGCCGGUUUACUUGGGGAUCGAGAUGAGCUGGUACAGGAAACCGGCGCACAGGGACUCGGUCUAGUAUACGAAAUUGGCGACCAGGCACUGAAGGAUGACUUAGUGCGUGAUUUGGUGGCGUCUUUCACAGCAACCGGCUCGAGCCUUGCAGGAGGGAAGGUCAACGAAGACACGGAGCUUUUUGAGCCAGGAGCCCUUCCCACGGGCGGCGGUUCGUCAGUCAAUACCUACAAAGACAUCAUGAACCUCGCUGCUGAAGCUGGUGAUCCAACACUCGUAUACCGGUUUAUGUCUUUGGCUUCCAACAAUGCCCUCUGGACCAACCGUUCGGCUUUCAGCAAGCUCGGAAUCAGCAACAUAUUCUCCGAUUCGAGUGUCAAUGGCUAUCUGGCCAAGAAUCCGAAAAUCUACCCGAAAUUGUUCCGGUACCGUUUCGACCCUAAUCCGAACGUGCAGCGCUCCAUGAACACGAUCUGGCAAGCCUUGGUCAAAGAUCCCACUGAGGUGGUCGAUGAGCAUUUCGACCAGAUCAUGGAAGACCUACUUAAGAGCAUGCUGAGCGGUCGGGAAUGGCGCGCACGGCAAGCGAGCUGUGCGGCGAUUGCGGACUUGCUUCAUGGACGUCAGCCAGAGAGAUACUCAAAAUACCUCGAUGAGAUCUUUACCAAAGCCUUCAAGCUUUUGGAUGACAUCAAAGAGACAGUUCGGAACUCCGCCCUCAAGCUUUGCCAGACUAUCACCAAUUCAGUGAUUCGCACCUUGGAAAGCAGCGACAGAGACACUAAACGGGCAAACACGCUGUUGGGAAGCACCAUUCCCUUCUUGCUAAGCGAACAAGGCAUAGAAUCCGGUGUCCAGGAGGUCCAAGGUUUUGCUCUUGGGGCUCUGAUCCAAAUGAUCAAGAAGAGCCCCGGUGGGCCAUUACGUCCGUUUAUUCCCCAAAUAAUGGAGCAGUUCCUGAGCUGCCUGAGUUCUCUGGAACCACAGGCAGUCAAUUACGUCCAUCUCAACGCGGACAAGUACGGAUUGACGAGCGACGAGAUCGACAAAAUGAGGCUCUCCAGUAUCCGCACCUCCCCUAUGAUGGAAGUGAUCGAGCGAUAUUUGGUCGACGCACUAGACGAAACCAGCAUGAAGGAAUUUGCCACGAGACUGGAGGGCGUUCUUCGAUCGGCAGUUGGGCUUCCGUCCAAGGUAGGAUGCAGCCGUGUUCUGGUGCUCCUCAGCAUGAGAACAUUCCUUUUCCGCCCCUACGCGGACCGCUUCGUCCAGCUCCUGAGCAAGUACGUCGUUGAUCGAAACGACACCGUCAGUGCAUCCUACUGCGCGUCCAUCGGCUACCUCUUGCGCCUGGCUUCCGAUGAUCUCGUGCUGAAGACCAUCAACUAUGCCAAGGAACUCUUCUUGACGGCCGACGACGCCAACCAGCGAGCCAUAUCCGCCGAAAUUCUUCACUCGGCCUCAAAGCUGUCCAACGACCGGUUUAUGUCGUUUGCAGCAACGGCCCUGCCAUUCGUCUUCGUCGCCAAAUACGAUCGAGACGAGCAUGUCAAUAAAGUCUUUGAGAAAACGUGGCAAGAUAACGUGGGCGGUAACCGCGCUGUGUCCCUCUAUAUCAAGGAGAUCACCAGCUUUGUGUCCAGCAACCUGGACUCGCCCAGUUGGGCCAUUAAGCAUACGUCUGCGCUGGGCCUGGCCCAUGCCAUCAUGGCGUUGGAUCCUCAAAUUGAUCUCGCGACUAGCGAGAUGGUGUGGCCUGUUCUUGUGCAGGCUAUGUCUGGGAAGACAUGGGAGGGUAAGGAGACGGUGCUGGAAGCGUUUGUAAAGUUUUCCGGCCAAGCAAGGGCACUGUGGCAAGCGAAUCCAAAGGCCAGUGAGAUGAUGAAGGUAAGCACUUUAUAUGAUGAGCGCCUCUCGUGUGUAGUGUUUCGAAGGCUAAUUGAAGGAACCCAGACAAUCACGAUCAGAGAGGCAAAACGAAACAAUGCCUCGUAUCGCCCGUUUGGACUGGCGGCGUUGGGCGGGGUGUCGCAAGGUCGCAAAGACCUUGAUUUGAUGCCUGAUGCUAUCGCUGUCGUGUCUCAGGUCGUAGAGAAUCUUGAGGACAAAGAUGACCUGAUGGACGUUGAUUCGGGGAAUGCGUCAAAUUCGAAGAAAAUCGUGGACGACACGUUGGCGGCCUGUGUGAAAUGCCUUCUACAGUGCUUCAAUCCUGCCUUGCAGGUUCCAUCAGGGGCCAUGAAAGGUUAUCUGGACGAGGUAACGCGAGUGCUCUCUACGGCGUUGAAGCAAAGUGGGAGGCACGUGCAAAAGACCCUUUACGAGGAGCUGGACAACCUGGCGAAGAACUUGAACACGUGGGUCACAGAGCAAGGGAGCCAGGAGAGCAGUCUAGGCGAGCUGCAAGGGCCCUUGGCAGCGCUAGUGGGCGCGCUGCUCUCUACUGAGAUCGAUGCAUCGGUCGAGGGGAUCCGCCGAGGACGGGCGCAGGCUGCAGUCGCAUACAUCACGCUUUGCAGGCAGGCUGGGCUCGAGGUCGAUGGGACCAUCGCCCGGAUGGUUCCAUCGUGGAGGGAGGGAGAACGAUCUGGGCCCGUGCAGCAGGUUCUAGAUCAGGCAUUAAGCAUGCUCGCCACCCGGUAAAAUUGGCAGUGGAGACUGCCGCUGGGAACAUUUCCAAGGAACGCAGCGUGAUCACUAGGAACACCGGGGCCCGUACCGAAUCCGUACUAACUUUAGAGCCCCAAUAGUUGCAGUCUCGCUAGUGGACCAAACGGUCGACCCAUCCAGUUGAUUCCUCUCAUGGCGAACAUUGUGGCGGUAAAUGUGCGCACUGACUGAUUUCAGUCAGUAAUGCACUAGACCUGUACAGGAUGGGGGGCAAUAAAACUGGAAGGCGACGCAUAAAUUCCAAAUCCAUGUAUACACACACACUUUCUCUCUCUAUAUCUAUCUCUCUCUAUAGACCUCGCAAACCAUACUUAGAAGGGAACAACUCACCUCCAACUUCUCCGCGGAAGUAG